UUUAUUUUUUUCCUCAUUUUACUGAUUCGCGGAACGAGUUUUAACAAUUAUAUACAUCAACGGCAGUGCAACUGGUGAAAGAAAUAUAAGAAAAUAAUAUUCGAAACGAGGAUAAUAAUAAUAAUAAUAAUAAUAGUAACAACAAUAAUUGUGGAUUUACACAAGUCGGCGAUUGUAUGUAUCAAGAUUAAUAAAUAACGACGGCAGUUUGUUAGAACGAAUAAUUGAAUCAAUUGUGUUCUUCGAAGAUCUGUGUUACAUAUGUAUAUAUUAUAUAAUAUAUACGGUAAUCAAUGAUGAUCAAUUUUUUGUAAUCGAAGUUGUAAAUAAUGUCUCGAUUUCCGAUUCUCGAAUAAAUUGAAAAUUUUAUUUCACUCAACGAAGAAAGUGGAUCUGUUUCUUUUUUAAUAAUUGGCAAAUUCCGUUAUAAAGAAAGGAUUUUUUAAAUAAAUUCAAAUAUUUGAUAAACAAAAUAAACCAGCUUGGGAAUUAUAACGAAAUAUAGUUAAGAUGUUGUCGGCUUGGAAAACCUGCUGUGCCCCGAUACCCCAAAGAUGGGUUUUCGCCUUGAUGGGAUUCAUCGCGGUAGUGAACGCGUUCACUAUGAGAAUAUGCUUGUCAUUAGCUAUCACCGAGAUGGUCGUCGAGACCGAUAGCUCAGAAAUCACUGACGAAACUUGCCCCUCGACAAAUUCUACAAGCACAACCAACAGCGCCGUGGGUACUUACGAAUGGGACGAAAGUUUGCAGGGUAUAAUCUUAUCAUCGUUCUAUUGGGGCUACGUGAUAACGCAUCUGCCGGGUGGCCAGCUGGCCGAACGUUUCGGUGGAAAGUACACUCUGGGUCUUGGCAUUCUGUCUACGGCUAUAUUCACCCUGAUAACACCAUUGGUGGUCGAAGAGUUCGACGCUACGGGUCUGAUAGUACUUCGUUUCCUGAUGGGCCUCGGCGAGGGCACGACAUUUCCGGCGUUGAAUUCCCUGAUAUCGAAAUGGGCGCCGCCAGCCGAGCGUUCAAAAAUCGGUUCGCUGAUUCUUGCCGGUGCUCAGAUCGGCACCGUUGUGGCGAACGCGCUGUCCGGAGUACUUUUGCAGUACUCGUCGAUCGGUUGGCGCUCGGUUUUCUACGUCUUCGGCUCGAUCGGCGUCGCGUGGUUCGUCGUCUUUGUCCUCGUCUGCUACAGCACACCCGACGAUCACCCGUUCGUCUCCGAUCGCGAGAAGAAGUACCUUCACGAUAACAUGCACGAGCACACCCACAACAAGUUCCCACCCACGCCGUGGCGCCACCUGCUAAAAUCGGUACCGCUAUGGGCCCUGGUCGCCGCCUCGGUCGGUCACGACUGGGGUUUCUUCACUAUGGUUACCGACCUACCAAAGUACAUGAGCGGGGUGCUCAAAUUCUCGAUAAAAACGAACGGCCUCCUUACCGCUCUGCCGUACCUCUGCAUGUGGUGCGUCAGCAUCGGUUCGUCCUGGAUCGCCGAUUGGAUGAUAAACGAAAAGAUAAUGACCAGGACCAACGUGAGGAAGAUGUUCACAACCAUCGCAUCCGUUGGACCGGCCUGUUUUCUCAUCGCCGCCUCGUAUGCCGGAUGCGAUCGUUACGUCGUCGUCACACUUUUUACCGUCGGUAUGGCGCUGAUGGGUACUUUCUACCCUGGUAUGAGGGUGAACUCGCUUGAUCUCAGUCCGAACUACUCCGGAACCGUUAUGGCUAUCGUGAACGGGACUGGCGCGCUUUCUGGGAUCAUAACGCCUUAUAUCGUCGGCAUUUUAACGCCGAAUCAGACAGUGAACGAGUGGAGACUAGUCUUCUGGAUCAUAUUUGGCGUCUUCAUUGUUACCAAUACCGCGUUUCUUUUCUUCGCAAGUGGGGAGGUUCAGUACUGGAAUGAUCCGGAAUUUCUUAUCAGGGAUACCGAGGGGAGGAAGAAUAAAAAGGAAGGGGAUGUUGCUGCUGCUGCUGCUACUGUCGAACGCGGGAAAAACGAUGUCAAAACGUGAAUAACGAUCAAACGACGAGUUUCAACGUUUAGAACAAGUUUUUUUUUUUUUUUUUUUCACCUACGUUUUACCCACUUCCGAUUUUCAUCGCGGUUGUUAAAAUCGUAAAAUUGAUAUUCGGUUUUGCCUACUAGCCGUAACUCUUUUUACAAACGGUCGUCGUGCUUUGGGCGAAAAAAGUAUAAUUGUAACGAGUGAAAUUUGAAAGUUGAUUCAUUCACUUUUCUUCUUUUUUAACGGGAAAAUUUCUUUUUUCCUUUCAUCAAAUUGCGCUGUACAAACAAUAUCAGAAGACGAAUGUAUGCAUAAAUAAACAAAGAGUAUUGUUGUAAUAUGAACUAUUGUCAAGCUAGUCAAUGACGAAAAAUGUUGAACGUUCGUCAUUUAGUUGUAUAUAUGUAUGCGUAUAUUUAUAAUAUAUACAUAUAAUGUAACGUAAGGGUAAAUCCGAAAGGUAUAAAUAUCUCUCAGUAUUCUCACCGCGUUUUAAAAUUAUUCACAUGUAGUGAAUUAAUCAUCCAAUAACCAUAUAAAUGUAUGCAACCCAUGUUAUAAAUUGUUCACCAACUUCCCUGUAAUUACAUUCGAUAUAUUAUGUAAUAUAUAAGUUUAAUAACAUUCUACAGUUUUGGUAUUAUUAAAAAUAAAUGAAAAAAAAAAAACAGAAUAAACAAUUUCACAUACAUAUACACCAAGUGAAUAUAAAUAGUAAAAAUGUAUUAACACGCGAAGAGAAUUAAAAAGAAUUGAAAGAUACAAUUUAAAAACAAAAACUAUGCAAUGUUCACUAGAGUACAUAUAUCAUGAACUUUUUUUAAAAUUAUUAUUCGUAAUAUUUUUAAGAAUAUUACGGAAAAUACGUGAUAUUUAUUUGUUUAAUCGCUGCGUUCGGUAUUCACGGAAAGAUAUUAAUAGAAGCUGUGUAAUUUUUUAUUACACCGAGUGGUUGUGAGAUGUAACAUGAGAUUAUCAGAAACGUGUUUCCGUUAAUUUUAUUCCCGAAGUAAUCGUUCACGAUGGAUGAUCGUGUGUUUUUUACCUCUCGAUUUACGUCGAUUCGUUAAAUCUUGCCGUACAGCACCGACUUUGCAACCGGCAAUAAGAUGAUUGGAGAUAAAAUUUAUAAUUUGGUUGCCACGGUAGUUGAAUUUAUUUACUUUUUUUCUCAUUUUUUUACGGUAUGUGAUGUAAUAAAACCGAUAACGGAUAUGAAUAAAAUUUACAACCUUUUCGAGUGACGUUAUAUAACAAACCCUAGCUAAAGCCUCGAUGACUUACGGUGGCUAAUCCAAAUUACAACCGAUAAUACUUGACGAUAUAAUUUAAUUUAUGAUUUUUACAAUUAUAACAAUUUCUCCAUCGCAUUUCGAUAAAACAGCGUCAUUUUCAUCGGAGGAUAUUUUCUGACCGAAGAAGCGCAAGAAAGUGAAAAUAAACAACUCAAGUUGACGGGCGAAACGGGAAAAAGAUGGAUUAAAGAAAAAAAAAAAUCAAGCAAAUCUAACCGUUCGCAUGGCAAAUUAGACUACUGUAAUAAAAAUUGAUUAGCAAUCAUUGAAACGUUGAAUUUCAUCAAAUUUCUGAAAAACGAUUCAAGAUAUUCUCGAUAUUCUCGAUUUUAUAAAAAUCAAAGUAUUUCUUUAACGCGUGAUUCCUUGUACAUCGUAAUAUCGGGUACAAAAUUUAGGAUAACAUUUUUAUUUAUAUUGUAAAUUUUCUCUUCAAUUUUCGCAAAUUCUAUUUAUAGCAAAAAAAAAAAAAAAAAAAAAAACAAAUAAAAAUUACAUAUCGAGCAAAACUU